CACGUGAUCACUCACUAGUUCUGCUAACUCUGCCAUUUAAUCCCUCACAUCAGUUGUCGGCAUCUCCUGCCAAACACGGGAUGCAAUGUCGCCCAGGGUGCUGUUGCUGAUCUUUCCACUUCUCGCCACAGGAGUUUGCUCUCGGAGGAGAAACCCCGAAGCUUGCGUUGAAGCUCCAGAGACUUUGAGCUUUAAGGUUUUGUGCAAAACUGCCCAUUAUGAGAUCCGCAAUUACACUGCUUCGGUCUGGGCCAAGACCGGACUGAUGUACUAUAGGUGGCCGGGCUGGAAGCAAGGGUACCAGCGUCUCGCUCAGUACUUCGCGGGCAAUAAUGCAAAGGGCGUUGUCAUGAACCUGACCUCUCCAGUCCUCACCUCAGUCUCUGAAGACGCUGCCUGGACUCGUGACCUCUACUUCUUGCUUCCUGAGGACUUUCAGGACAGCCCUCCGACUCCCAACGACUCACAGGUGGUUCUAGUCGAUGCCCCUGAGCCGUAUCAGUUUGUGAAGCAGUUCCAGGGCAGUCCCAGGAAGGCCCGGGAACAGGCCUCGAUCUUGGGCAAGAGCCUGACGCUGAACAGGGUUGACUUCGAUCCCAUGCGCUACUACGUAGCUUCCUAUCAGUGGAACCCUCAAUGCCGGUACAGAGCUGACCUGAGCCACGUGGAUCUGGAUUUCCUGGAGGAAUUCUUCAGCAUAGACGCCCCACGUAAACGCGGUUGGUUCGGAGGUGAAGAGCGAGGCUCCCGGUUGAGAAGCAGAGACAGCGAGAGGCUGGAUGACGGGCAGUACCGGGAGGAAAGAAGCAGGAGACAGUUCGGCCAAGGAUGGUGGCAGCAGCACAGACGGGGCUGGGGUAACCACGGCAACCACGAUGGCCGCCAUGACGGUGAAGAGCAUGGGGACCGAGGCCAUGGGCGUCGUUACGACCGAGGCCAAGGGCGGUAUGACAACCAAGGCCGUGGGAACGAGGAUAACCAAGGCCGUGGGUACCAGGAUAACCAAGGCCGUGGGAACCAGGAUAACCAAGGCCGUGGACACGGGUUCCAUUGGAGAGACGAGGACAGAAGAAGAGGCCACAACCCUCACGGAUGCGGCUCUGUUCAGUGUCAGCGUAAUGAGGUGUGGCACAGUUCGAGGAAAGCCCCAACUUGCUUUCUCCAGCCCGAGUGACCUGAGCUCAAUGCUUCUCUCACACCCGAUCUGGGGAAACAACAACAACAACAACAACAACAACAUAUAUAUAUAUAUGUGUAUAUAUAUAUAUAUAUAUCUGGCGUGGCAUCGAGGGCUAUCGUCCCGGAGCGUUUGAAAUAAAGUACUAAUAAAUAAAAGGCUCUGUGUAAAUUCUACUAAUCUCUCCCUCCUCCCUCUCUCCUGCCU